GCACGUGAACUCUACAUUUCUCAGUGGGAAAAUCGCAGCAAACUCCGAAUAACACUUUCACGUGAACAAAGUAGCAGCCAAAAUUACAGAACAUUUCUUCAUUACACACACAUAUAUAUAUUAAAAAAAAUAUAAAACCAUAGAAAGGACAUGGUUUUUGUUGGGCGCACUGGGCCUUUGGGAGGAAGAACAGAACAGAGAGGAUCAACAAAGAGCUUCAUCCAUGAAGAAGGAAGGAUGUGAGAUAGAAGCUGUGGAUAUCGACUUCAAGAUCUUUCCACGGAUCAGAAGGGUUAACCCUUUCGCGAUCUCCGUGUGGAAAAUGCCCCAAGAAACUGAUCCGUGGAAGAUUGAGGAAGAGACAGGCAACAAGAUCAAGCAUGUCUUAAACGGAGUUACCUGCAGAGCGAAACCGUGCGAAAUUCUUGCAAUUGUCGGCCCCAGUGGCGCAGGGAAGUCUUCUCUGCUUGAAAUUCUUGCUUCCAAAGCCACUCCACAAACCGGCUCGGUUUUUGUGAACCAGAAACCUGUUGACAGAGCCAAGUUCAAGAAAAUCUCAGGUUAUGUCACUCAGAAGGAUACUCUGUUUCCUUUACUUACGGUGGAAGAAACCCUUAUGUUCAGCGCCAAGCUGCGUCUAAAUCUCCCUCGAGAAGAACUGAGAUUGCGGGUGAAGUCCUUGGUACAAGAGCUCGGUUUAGAAGCUGUAGCAAUGGCUCGUGUUGGCGAUGAUAGGGUCAGAGGAAUAUCCGGUGGAGAGAGACGUCGAGUUUCUAUAGGAGUUGAGGUUAUUCAUGAUCCCAGAGUUCUUAUUCUUGAUGAACCCACGUCUGGUUUGGACAGUACUUCGGCACUGCAGAUCAUAGAGAUGCUCAAACUAAUGGCUGAAACACGGGGUCGGACCAUAAUUCUGAGCAUCCACCAACCGGGAUUUCGUAUAGUUAAGCUCUUCAACUCUGUUCUUCUGUUGGCCAAUGGCUCGGUCUUGCAUCAAGGCUCGCUAGACCAGCUUGGUGGUUACUUGAGGUCAAUUGGUUUGCAGCUUCCUCUCCAUGUAAAUAUUGUAGAGUUCGCCAUCGAGUCCAUUGAAGACAUCAGAAAACAGCAAAAGAUUCAGCGAGGAAGAAGGGUGGGACAUGUCCUGACAUCAACAACACAACAACAGAAGAAAUCAGAAGAUAUGAAAGAGGAAGGCAGAAGUGGAAAAUCCACGCUACAACAGCUGUUUCAGCAAUCCAAGGUUGCUGAUAAGGGAACCAUGAAUGCUGGCAUUGAAUUCAACAGGAAUUUCGCAAAAUCAAGAAUAGAAGAAACUAUGAUACUCACUCAUAGGUUCUCAAAAAACAUAUUUAGAACUAUGGAGCUGUUUGCAUGCAGGACAGUUCAGAUGUUAGCGUCAGGACUAGUUCUCGGUCUGAUUUUCCAUAAUCUUAAAGUCGAUCUCAUUGGUGCACGAGAAAGGGUAGGCCUAUUUGCAUUCAUAUUGACAUUCCUGCUAACUAGAACAAUAGAGGCACUGCCGAUAUUUCUGCAAGAAAGGGAGAUUCUAAUGAAGGAGACCUCAAGUGGAAGCUACAGAGUAUCGUCAUAUGCAAUUGCUAAUGGACUCGUCUACUUGCCAUUUCUGCUCAUCCUAGCUAUCCUAUUCACUGUCCCAGUAUACUGGUUGGUGGGACUAAACCCUAAUUUCAUGGCAUUUCUGCACUUUUUGUUGCUGAUUUGGUUGAUUCUUUACACGGCAAACUCAGUUGUCGUGUGCUUUAGUGCACUGGUUCCUAAUUUCAUCGUCGGAAAUUCAGUGAUUUCCGGUUUCAUGGGCUCGUUCUUUCUGUUCUCUGGCUACUUCAUAUCGAAGCACGAGAUCCCCAGCUACUGGAUUUUCAUGAAUUACAUCUCUCUGUUCAAGUAUCCCUUCGAAGGAUUUCUGAUAAAUGAGUUCUCCAAGUCAAACAAGUGCUUGGAGUAUGUUCUUGGUAAAUGCCAAGUCACUGAAGAGGGUCUACUAAGAGAAGAAGGGUAUGGAAAGGAGAGUCGAUGGAGAAAUGUUAUGAUCAUGGUUUGUUUUAUCUUAGUCUACAGGUUUAUUUCCUAUGUGAUCCUGAGGUGUAGGUGCUCCCAAUCCCAACUAAGUUUCAAGGGCACCCGAGCUUGAAGGAUAUGGUAAAAAUACUGUCUUUCAUGUAAGUCUUUCAUGAACAUGUUUGUUCACAUGUUUCGAGAUUUACUUCGUAUAGCUUCUGAAGAAGAAAACUGAGAUUCACUAAAGAAGUGAAAAAAAAAGGUCUUCUGCGAAGAGAUUUUUCAUUUGA